UGGAUCAACAUGCCUGAACCCGCCAAGUCCGCCCCUAAGAAGGGCUCCAAGAAAGCCGUGACCAAGAGCGCCGCUAAAGGAGGCAAGAAGAGGAAGAGGAGCAGGAAGGAGAGCUACGCCAUCUACGUGUACAAGGUGCUGAAGCAGGUCCAUCCUGACACCGACUACAACAAGCGCUCCACCAUCACCUCCAGGGAGAUCCAGACCGCUGUGCGCCUCCUGCUGCCCGGUGAGCUGGCCAAGCACGCUGUGUCUGAGGGCACCAAGGCUGUCACCAAGUACACCAGCUCCAAGUAAAGCCCUCUGCUCCACCACCGCAAA